AUGAUAAACAGCGAUGAACGAGUUUUUCGUGAUUUGCGAGCAGAUCGUAUUCUUCCGGCGAUGCUGCGAGUCGGGUUUUGCGCCCUUCUACUCUACUUAUGUACAGCUGAUCUCGACUAUAGAGAACAGCUAUGGAUGCGAAAUCUUGAGCACACUACAUAUGAGUACUACCUUAAAAAUUACCAUCGACUAUGGAAACUAUACUAUUUGAAAGCAUUCGCACGAAACUUGACGAUGCCCACACCAUCAUUCAUCGACAACAGUACAAAUGUUAACGACAAUUCAAGUUAUGUGAGCCUCAAUGAAGUGUUUUCACCUCCACGAACAGUCGACGAUGAGAUCGGUUUGCCGCUAAACCAACCACUCAACGGGCAGAAAGUCUCCUUCAGUACAUUUCCUGAUCCAUACUUGUUACAAGAAAUGGCAGAUAGAGGAGGUUUCCGAGGUGGAUUCGGUAGUGGUGGUGGGCGUGGAGGUCGUGGUGGAACCGGUGGUGAACGCGGUGGAAGAGGUGGGCGAGGAGGCCGCGGUGGUCGUGGUGGCAGAGGUGGACGCGCCGGGCGUGGCGGCGAGAAAGAAUCCGAAUGGGUCCCAGUCACGAAGCUUGGACGUCUUGUAAAAGACGGAAAGAUCAGUACCUUAGAGGAGAUUUACCUCAAUUCUCUCCCAAUUAAGGAAUACGAAAUUAUUGAUACGCUGUGCUCCAAACUCACUGAUGAGGUGCUCAAAAUCACUCCCGUCCAGAAACAAACAACUGCCGGACAGCGAACUCGCUUUAAGGCAUUCGUGGCAAUUGGAGAUCACAACGGUCACGUUGGUCUUGGAGUGAAAUGUUCCAAGGAAGUCGCCACUGCCAUUCGUGGAGCUAUCAUCGCCGCCAAACUCGCCGUCAUCCCCGUUCGACGAGGAUAUUGGGGUAAUAAGAUCGGUCUGCCUCACACUGUACCUUGUAAAGUUACUGGAAAGUGUGCGUCUGUCAUGGUGCGACUCGUCCCUGCACCGCGUGGUACUGGUAUUGUGUCGGCUCCUGUCCCGAAGAAACUACUUCAAAUGGCCGGAAUCCAAGAUUGUUACACAUCAGCCACCGGAUCCACAGCCACCCUCGGAAACUUCGCGAAAGCCACCUACGCUGCUUUGCAACGUACCUAUUCCUACCUUACACCCGAUCUUUGGAAGGAAGAAGCUCUGGACAAAACACCAUACCAGAGAUACCACGACUUCCUUGCUCGCAAUUAA